GCUGUGGAUACAAGCAUUGCUGGUAAGCCCUGAGAUAAUAAUUAGUUGAUGAUAAUCAUCCUCAUCUCUACCACUCCUACUACUAGAAUAUCUCUCUCUCUCUCUCUCUUCCCAAACCACCUGAUCUUCUCUAGGAUCUGUUUUAGGUACCAACAGUAGGAGCAGUACGGUACUGCGCCUAGAUUUUAAUUAUGAUGGAUGUUGUUGACUUCCAACGCGGGAGAGAGUUACUGUUCGAUCAUCAUCAUUUUCUCAACGAGCAGGAAACUCCGUCGUCGGAGAUGAAGUUUUCCGGUGGCUCCGAUUACAAGCACGGGUGGGGUUUUCCUGAAGGUGAGGGGAAAGGGUUUGUUGGGUCGAGGACUACUGAAGCUGAGCUUGUUUCGUCGUCCGAGUCGACUGUAGAAGACGACGAUUACAUUGCUGAGUUGACUCGCCAGAUGACUCACUACAUGCUUCAAGACGACGACAAACACGCUCUGAAAACCAGUACUACUAGCUCCGAGAAAAACGAAGAGUCAUGGGGUUGUGUCAGUUGGCCAAGUGACUCUACGAUGAUGUGGUCGCCGUUGGGAUCGAGCAGUGGAAGCCCAGAAGGUCCAUCUCAGGAGCCGUCGCCGCCGGUGACCCCAGGCAAAUACCAAGCUUCGGAACAUAAAAGUCCGUCGUACGCCGCCGUUUUGUGCAAGUUGGACAAGUUAGAUAUGAACAAACAGGGAAGCCCAAGUGGAAGUAUCCCAGUAGCUGAAGCUGAAAAUCCAAAGCAAUGUGUAGCUUUUGAUCAAAGCCAAGACUCUAAGAUUAAUUUUACGCAAAAGCAAGGGCAAAGCUCAAAGAAGCAAGGCUCAAUAGAUAAUGGUAGACAACCGAAGAAUAUUGCUCAUCAAAAAUUUAAGUCCUACGACCAAAACCAGAAGAAAGGAGGGUCUUCUGCUAAUGGCGGAUUAAGGCAUCCUCCACCUAUUGCCAAUUUGCACUCAAACCCGUGGCUGAACAACCAGCAAGGCCCCUCAAAUAUGAGGGCAGUUUUCCUUGGCGGAUCGGGUUCCGGUUCCAGAGUUGGGACGCCGUCUUGUGGGACUGGUGUCUUCUUGCCCUGUGUUAUUGGUAACACAUCCCAAUCACCCAAGAAUAAAAGAGGAUGUGCCCCUGUUCUUAUACCCGCAAAGGUAGUACAAGCCCUGAAGGUUCACUUUGACCGAGUCGGUGACCAACCUCGACCAAACCCUACUUCUUUUCCCAUAUUAAACGAUUCCUCAAAGGCUGGAAGGAGGACAAGCACGUCUGCAAAUAGAAAGCGCCACUUGAGAGGUGCGGCAACGCCGGACAUGAACAAUAAUGAGAUGGGUCUACCUCAAGAAUGGACUUAUUGACUUAGCCAAAGUUAAAGCACAUGCCUACGCUUAUUAUUUCAUCACUGCCUACAAUAUUGCUAAUCUCUCAUUUUCAAUUAUUGUGGUGUCACUGUGAUGCUUUGGCAGUUUGUUCCGUAGCAAAGAAGGAAAGGGGUUAAGAUGGAAUAAAGAGAAAGAUGAUGACAGACACCAGUUGGUCAAUUAGAGGGGAAUCCAUUAGAUCAUAGAUUAGGACAAACAAAUAGAGAUUCACAAGAAUAUUAUCUUCUUCUUUUUUCUCCCUUUUAUGAUCUUUCCAAAAAUAAACAAGAAGUUUGAAUUUGUCCGCUGCA